ACCACCAGCGCAGUUAGUUUAGUAGCAAUUCGCAGCGGAGUGACACAAAUUUCACGUUUCAAUUUUAGUAUUGGAUUCGACCUUUUCUGCAAUGUAAUACAAAAACGAACAUUAUCAUUUCAGGUGAAGUAGGAAGUACGCUUUGAAGAUGAAGAAUUUCAAGCUUUGGGUCCAUCAAAAGGCAUUUAGUGAGAAUGAAUUACUGAUCAACCCCAAAGAGUUUCCUGAUGUAAAGAUAGGUGACAUCUUGGAAAUAUAUCAUCCAGAUGAAGAAAAUAGUCAUCUGCUAUUACAAGUCAAAUCCUUCAAAGAUGAGCUUCAACAGAACAGUAAAGAAAUAAUAAGUGUGGAACAAGGAGUGGCAUCACUGUUUCAGCUGAGGGCUUACAAGAAUGUGAAGGUCACCAAGGUCCAAUCUGGAGAUGUAGCCCUAGACCUGGUGGAGUUGGUCUUCAAGGACCAGUACAUCAGCAGGAGUGACAUGUGGAGACUCAAGAACAGUCUGGUGAACAGCUGUAUUCAUAUGCAACAAAAGUUGGAGCUGAGUGGAAUCCGUGCUCAGGUCCAGGAACUUUGGUCACGUUGGGAGAGGGUGUCCUGUGGAGCCAUCACCAAUGAUACAAGAGUUGCCUUUAGAUCAGCUACAGCCAUGGUCUAUCUCUUCAUUCAGAUGAGUUCGGAGAUGUGGGACUUCGAUACAUGUGGAGAUCUGUAUUGGGAGAAGGCAGUAGGUGGAUUCCUGACUGACCUCUUCAACAAAUGGAAGGAUAAAGGAGUCAACAAUGAGGUUACUGUGGUUCUCUUCUCUCGCACAUUCUUCAAAGCAAAGUCACUUGCCCAGUUUCCCAAGUGGAUGAGAGACAAUGUCAAAGUGGACUACGUUGGCCGGUUCUACCAGGAUUUCUACCGUGCCGUGGUCCAUCACGAGAGACGAGAUGAAUGGCAUGGUCUGCUCCAGACCCUCAAGGCUCACUUUAUCCUCUACUUGAAAGAAGUCUUAUGUGAAACCCAAGAAGGUGGAUCAAUACCUUUGGGGUAUAAUUCAUCAGCUGCCGAGGGGAACUUCUUGGAAACUCUAAAUAUGACUCUCAAUGUGUUUGACAAGCAUUACGUUGACCGUAACUUUGAGCGGACGGGUCAGCUUGUGGUGUUAUUAACCCCGGGAGCUGGAGUGUUUGAUGUCGACAGGGAAAUGUGCAAGAUCACCAGACAGAGAAUGAUCGAUAACGGUAUUGGCAGUGAUCUGGUGUGUCUCGCUGAGCAGCCUCUCCAUGCAGUGCCUCUGUUUAGGUUCCAUAAUAAAACCAUGGAUGCGGGUAUCCAUGGAGGUGAUUACAACAUCCCUCAUUGGCUCAACUACAGCUUCUACACCAAAGAAGAUGCACAUGGAAAUAAUGAGAAAUUUAAACCAAGGAUAAAGCUAGCAGAAAGGGUUUACACGUCUCAAGCUGGAAACCCCCUUCCUACCCUGGUCAAGGAAUGUCCGCAGACGAUGAGCAGACACGCCCUGUUACGUCACAUCUCGUCGGACCACUCCCUUUCCAAGCAGGAUGAUAUUGAUUACCAGUGUGAGGAGUAUGAUGACGCAGUCUUUGGUUUCCUCAGCGGCAAGUCGCCCAAACCAAGGACACCUGCAACAAUGCGUCCAUCAUCAGGAUGUCAGAAUCGUCAACGGCAAGCUGCAUCGAUUGGUCAGUUGAUUUUAGACAAAGAAGGAUCCCCCCAGAACAAAUGGACCAAGGCAGACUUCAAAGAUCCAAGUAGGAGGGGUAGCUCUCCAGGAACCAAGCAUGGAAGCUACCAUUCAGACGAUGGGGAUGUUGCAAUAGCCAUUCCAGGGAGGGGCAAUAAAGCCAACCCUCUUGCCAGAAUACAAAGAGAAGCCAAGGUAGUUAGCCAUAGUUUUGAAGGAAGACGUAGAGAGUCUUCAGAGAGCCAUGCGGCUUCCAUCUCUCCCAAAGGCGUUGUCGUGGGCAGUGCUGGGGCUACUACUACCACCCAUAUCAACCACGCCGGUCAGGCUCAGCCAAAGGCAUUGGUCAAUCCAUUCGGGACAUCUAGUUUAGUGGUCAAAUUGACCUCUAAUAGACGAAGAUGGACACACACCUUCCCUCAGGGCCCAAGUGGGGGCGCCAUCCAAACCCACCAUCGUAACCAGAUCAACCCGUCCUACUACUUCUCCCAUUACUAUCCGUCCAACUCAUACACCCGCCACCGAAACUCCAGCACCCUCGGCUCCUCCCCCUCCAGCCCCCAUUACCCCUGGGCCGGUCCUAUCAUCAAUGGCGGUGGGUCCCGUACCCCUACCGAUGGUAACGAGAGACCGUUGCUGCCCCCUAGUUCCAGUGAGAAUCGACUGCGCCCAUCAGCCAGUGGGAGCAGCCUCUUCAGCGCUGGUUCUUCUCCGAGUACAGAUACCGUGUUGCAGAGGCCAGGCAGUGCAGGCACCCGAGGUCUGUUUGAUGGACCGAGCUCCUUGGAUCACGUUAUGCAGCAUCAUCCUUCCCUAAGAAGACUCAACUUACUAUGGAGUUAUACAGGGGAUCAAGAAUGGACCCCUUACACCCUGACAGGUGUUGACUGGAAGUCCUUGACUGCCACUGCCUGUCUGCCCAUAUCGACUGAUUUCUAUCCUGACAGGUUAUCGUUGGAAAAGGACUUCUUAGAGUUCAACUAUGAACUCUUAGCGGAGGAGGACAUCAUUGGUCCUUUUAUGACGGUGGGAGCCAUCUUCCAGGAGCUCAUAUCGCAAAGGCUUCUGCAAGGUUUUCAGUUGGUAGUACUUCCAAGCCUGGAUUUGUCAUCUGUUAUCCGGAGUCAACGUCAUCCUCCAUUGAUCACCAAUCCAGAUAAGAAGGAGUAUGUUUUGAGUAUUGGUCGUAUCUUCCACAAGCUAUGCCUUCAUGUUGAAAGAAAGACAAUAUCAGUCACCAUCUAUAAACCAAGGCAUCCAUCACUAUGUGAACCCAUCCAGUAUACCUACCAGCUAUGGUCUGUACAGAACGAAGGUUACUCUCCGAUUCAAACCACUUUCAGACAUGAAGAGAUUGAGAGGUACAACUGGAACUAUCUUGAUAACUACAUCUCAUCACAUGAUAGUGAAUUCUCAUUGGUAGAUUCACUGAAAUUCUGGAGAAGCCGGUUUUUGCUGAUCCCCAACACUCCUGUGCUGGUGAAGCGAUUUGCAGAUGAGCACGGGAUCAGCGCAACUGAGGCAGCAUCGUGCGAGAAGGACCAUGCCUUCGGGCAAUACCAGACCGAUGCAUUCCUGAGAUUUGUAGAGAUCUUGAAUGGGAUCCGCAGACAGACAAGUACGUCCAGAGGUCCGAAGGCAUCCUCUGGACGCCAGACACCCAUCUCAGGUGACCUGACACACCCUGGUAGUAGAUCCUCUCCUGGACCGGAUAGACAGAGGCACACCAGUGGGACCGGUAGUCCUGCACCCCCUCCUACUAAUACACCUGCUGCUACUACUAUAACUGAUGAACCACUUUCACUCUGCACACCACUGCAAGUCAUUGCUAAAGCUAUGGCUGAUCAAAGUAAUGGGUUGAGGUUCAUCGCCCCUGGACAGAAGGGGGUUCCCCCAAAUUGCUUCAUGUCGGGUGAGGGUAUGACCUGGGUUCAGAGGUCAUUAAGUGGUGAGGUGACGGAUGUCGAAGCCUUUGAGCUGUUAAUGAAUAUGUCAGAGAAUCGGUUGAUCCAGCAUGCGUCGGGCUUCCCUCAUAUUCCCUUCAUCCACGGUUUCUACGUCUACUGCUUGGUGCUUCCGGAGAAUGUACCUCCCAUGAUGGAUGCAACCAAAUCGCAUUCAUGGUGCGAUUACAUCCCUCAGCUUCCAGUCAACACAGACUUCCCUAGUCACUGGUUCGAGGUUGCCGUGAUGGAAGAGUUGUCAUGGAAACAGAAAUCUACUGAAGCGAGUUCCAGCGUUGUCGAGGACUUCCAUCCUGUAUCACCUUGGGCCAUGCGUGAGAUGUCGGGAGGUACACCAGGCUUUGGAUCCAUGCCUGCUAGUAGUCGAGCUUUCAAGCCACCAGAGAUUAAGAACGUUAUGCUGGAGAUCGACUGCAAUAAGACUGAUCGGGUAGAGUGGUGUCAUGUGACAUACGAUGGCCAAUACACAGUCGAUAGAGCUUUUGACCUCCAGGUCGAGUGGCUAGUCUGCACACCCAGCCUCUUGAAUGAAAUGCUCCAAGGAUGGUCGAGAAAAGCCAACACCUUUGGAUUCCACCUGGUCCCCGCCCCCACCGACCCCUUCCACCAGCAUCCCGAGUUUGCCAACCCCCUACGUUGCCCCCUCUUCAUACCCCUGGACAUCCAGUCCUUGAAGGAGGACGUUCACAGGAGGCACGCCAGCGGGGAGGAGGUCCUCGAGGGGGAUGGGAUCGCCGACGGUGGAUGCAUGUUGGGUCUGGAGCCUGGUAACAAGGCUAUCGAUCUCUUCCAGGAGCUCAUCAUGAACAAGUUUGGUUUCAUCUUAAUACGAGAUAAGAACCAGGAUACAUUCGAUGGCUUUGGUUUCCAUGCCAGUAGGCGUGGUCGCCAGAUGGAAUACAUCCACAAAUCAGGUGUAUGUUUCGUUUCCCUCAUCAACUCUCCAGACGACACUCCCAUCGUCCCCAGCGUGACCCCUUCAGGCCAGGGUCGAAGCUCUCCCUGCGAGGUCGUGAAGGCUCCUCGACGGAGGAAGUCCAGCGGCGGUAUCCCCAUCAUGGUUGGACGCGAUAGCAGUUUCGACAUUGUCGAUACCGUGGAUGACGACGAACCCGACGUGACUUUCGUGGAGGAGAGGAGGAAGAUGCGGAGCGGAAGCAUCAGGGAAGUUCGUGAGAAGCACAUGGAUGGGCAGUUCAAUAACGUAGGGUUUCUGUGGUCCAUGAACCACACGCUGACCAAGAGAUGGCGCUGCAGCGCUUGCGGCGAUGAGAAGGUGUAUGACAGUAUCAUGAAAGAGGUCAUCAGUAUAAGCCGAAAUGUGGAUGGUAAGCUGACUGAUUUCUGGCUUGAGAAUACAGAGAACCUGUCAUUUUGAUCCUCUGCGCCUAAAAAGCUCUAUGGAUAUCUCUUCACAGAAUUUGAUGGCAUGCAUACAGUCUUAUGAAACUUUCAUUCAAGAUUUACUGGUGCUAAGGAAAUGUUAAUAAAAGAAACUACUUUUCUCCAUUUGAUUACAUUUGCCAUCUUGCUAUCAAGGUCAUAUUUUGCUAUUAUAUUAAAUCAAUUUAUACAUUCUGUUCCAAGAGCAGACCAGCAAUUUGCAGUAAAAUUGCAAGACAUUGAUCUGACCGAAAAUUGUCUUACGAUUGAUUUUUAUGAAAUUUUCCCUAAUUAUAAGCCUCUGUUUCUAAUGUGUGGCUUUUUUUUUUUUUUAAAUGUAACUAAUCAACAGGAUGUGUAAUUAUUUGUAAGGCAAUGAAGAAGAACAAUGUAUUAGUAUUAUUAUAGUCAUUAUUUAUGAAUACACCACCGACUAACAGUACAUAACCAUUUGGACAAAGUUGAUAGACCAGUAUGGACACAGAAAGAUUUGUGUUCAAACUUGAUUUUUGUAUUAAAAUCAGAUGCAAGCCUCAAAUAUGCGCUUCUGAAUGGCUGAAAUUCAAGUUGUAUUUGACAUUUGGAGUAGCUUUUAAUUGUAACUAAAGCCUAUUUUGUAGCAUAUUACAUGCAAUUUUGCCUGUUAACGCUUUCAGUUUGAGGAUUAUACAGGCACAUAUUUCAUUCUACAAGGCAGCGUAGCUCAGUUAGUUAGAGCGCAUGUUUCGGAUAAGAUCGUAGAUCUCAACGUAAGGGGUUUGAGUCCCGCUCAUGCCGAAACGCUUCUAAGAAAAAAGUGUGAUGCUAUAGCGUUGUGUGUUAGCGUGCCUCACCACUGUAUUCAUUGCAGGUGUGAAUGCAGUUGGAAAACACGCCGUCCAUCCGGAAAGGACGCAAAUGUUGGUCCCGUGUAUAGGAGAGUCACAACCUAUGCACGUUAAAACCAAUACACUAUUCGUCAAAGAGUAGGGUGUACACCCGGUGUAUUGCAACUGCCGGUCCCGUCAAAAUUCAGGUCAAGUACCCGAUGCGUUUAUGCCCAGGAGGGCCCUGCAUCGUAUACAUGUACAUCCGGAUCCAGAUUCUGACCAAGCAACUGUGACAUCUUACCAAGUGUAUGUCUAUUUCACACAAAAUAAAGUGCUAAUUUCUAUAAAUUUUGCCCUGAUUUUGUACAGUUGUCAAUGGGAAAAAUGUGGAAAAGGGCAAUAUAGCAAUUGUUUCCCCACUCCUACUUUACAUUUAUGGUAGUGUCCAGAAUACAGCUUGUGUUUAGCAGCUAAAAUACCUCUUUUAGGUACAGAUAGUUUGGCUAAGUCAAUACAGAAGACUUUAAAAAUGGAACCCUUUGCAUUCUUGUCAGGUGCUUGCUGUAUUAGACCGGAGAAGGGUUAAAAUCAACAUACAGUGUUUCAUAUAUGUAAGUGGUCACCUUUGAUAAAUAAGGUAUAUUAUUAUUACCAUUACAUUGUUACAGUGUAUUUCUAUAAUUUCCCCAUGGAGAUUAUGCAUGUAGUUGAUGUUCAUUUUACAGCUCAUUCACCCCUCCUCCCCUCCCAUUUCUGUCUCUUGGUAAUUUAUUUUGUCUGUCUUCCUGUAUGUUUGAAUGAUUUGAAGUAACUUAUUAAGUAGUAUUUUUGCUUCCAACUUUAAAUUUGUACUCUGAAUGAAUGUAUAAGUCAAUAUGUUUAUAUUCAGACCACUAUAAAAACCGACAUUCAUACCCUGAUUCUAAGUGAAUGCUCCCAUUCGUAGACACUCUUAGAUUAUUAGAUUAUAUUUCAACUAUAAAUAUAGUUUAAAUAGAUGAACUAUGAGUUCUGUUUGUCCCAACAUUAAUGCCAUGUGGCAAUUUUGAUAAAAGGUACAAAAGCUUUAAAUUUGAUGUAUUAUAUUUCAUAGUUUAUCAAAGACAUGGUACAAUUAUAAUGUACAUUAGUUUGUUUCACAUAGAAGUCGUGUUGAAGCAUUUGAACUCCAUUCUACUGGAAGUGCAUAUUUUGAUGUAUAUGAUGCUGUAGAUAUGAUUAUUACAGUUUAUGCAACUCAUACAAAGAUUCUUGUAAUUUGAUUGGUUGAAAGCCAUUCAAUAUUUGAUCCAUUUUGUGCUGCAUGCAAAUUUUAUUUUCCAUUGCACGGCGGCCGUGCAUUUUUUAUUUUUCCAUUGCAUGGUUUUUUCUUCUCUAUUGUCAAAUAACAAAAUCUAGAAAAUUUGUUGUAUUAACCAAAUGAUGCAUGUCUUCAUUCGUCCAUUAUGCAACCUAUCCACUCUCGUAGAAGCUGUGUUCACCCCAUUGCACUCAGCCCAACAGCUUCGUGCAAUGGAUUGAACAGAGCCUCAACUCGUGUGAGGAUAGAUCGCCUAAUGAACUCAUGUGCAUGCAUCAUUUGUAUACUAUAUUCAAUUGUUGCCCAGGGAAGAGUAAACAUGACCAAGUAAAACAAUAUUUCUUUUAUUUAUAUUAUUUCUCCAAAACAAUUCUUCUGUUUUCUUCAUGAGAAGCCUGAUCAUUCUUAUUCAUGUACGUAUGUGACUGCAAGCAUGGCAUUAAGGAGCUUUCGAUUGUCUGCGACUGCAACGUAGUCCUAGUUCACCGGAAGUGGUGACACCGCUCGUUCAGUAUCACGUUCGUACAUUGAUGAAAACAGUUUCGAUUUAAGUCGACACGUGUACCCGUACCAGGCCACAGCAUAUACCAGCGUGAUAGCGAGCGGGCCGUGGGCCGAUGCUCGGCCGGAGAAUCAGGCGUAGCAUCACGCUACGAACCAGUGGGGCGACUGUGGGUGCAACAUUUGCACUCUUGCGCAAAAAGCCGAAAAAACACAAUUGUUUGGAAAUAGAACAUCAAUUACCUAUCGGAUAUGUAGUGUCUGAAAACAGGACACACUAAAUGUAAUGGAAAAGCUGGUAACAAGCAGUAAUUUGCAGUUUACCAGCCCUGCUGAAUCAAUGAAACUCGAAUGUUGAUGCGGCUUCAUUCAUUUUUGCUAAGCUUGGAUGACGUCAUCAUGUACGAACUAGCGCUCGUUCGAGCACGAUGACACCGAACAUCAAAACCCUCAAAUACGAGUCACAGAUUUGGGCAGUGAACGAGAAGGCUCGUCACAGAUUACUUCGCGCAUGCGCAGUGCUCCCAAAAUUCCUUAAUCUCGUACGCCCACAUGGCUCGUCACAGAAAACGAAAGGUCUCCAUCAUAAGAGAGCUACUUAGACAUGAUAGAAUGGCAAAAGAAAUUAUACAUGUCACUGAGAAACUGAUAGUCACUAUAAUGGUGAACCAACUACAUGUAUUGUGAUGAACAUUCGGAACUAAUGACAAUUAAUCUUAAUAUACUUGUAAUCCAUGUACAACAAAUCACAUGUAUGCAAUUUGUCAUGGAGGUUUUUAUGCAAAUCAUAAAGCCGUCAUUAUGGUUGGUUUAGCAAGAGUGCGCCUAACAGGCUGCUUGAAAUGCUAUGAAUCCAGUGACCGGGUAAUAGUACUUGUGAAGCACUUUGAGCAGUCGUAGAUUGAUAAAGCGCUACAUAAAAGCCAAUUAUUAUUGUUGUGUUUGAAAAUAGUUUCCAGCCAGAAAUCUUGCCUUUUGUUUUAAUAUGAAUUUUAAAAGAUUGUAGUUUUACAAGUUUGCCCAAUACGCAUACCAAAAUCAAGUUUGCCACACAAUCAUUGCAGCUCUGAAUCAUUUUACAUUGCAUCGUUUGCCAUUACCAUAUUUUCUGAGUUUAUUUUGGGAUGAUGGUUUGUACCCUGUUUUUUUUCUCUCUCUCUCUCUUUGUUAGGUGUUUUUUGAUGAGCGGAGCAACUUUGUAUCAUCCUCUUUUUUUUUUAAUUACUUUUUAUCAUUAGCAAUAUUGUUACAUUAUUGGAAAAUUUCUGUGUAUUUAUAAUAAAUAUCUAUGACUUCAACCAAAGUUGCCAAACUUAAUUGCAUCUCAUAAUCCUUUCCAAUCAGCUUGGUGCCAAUAAUUUGUUCCCACCUCUGUUUUUUUUUUAGUUUAACAAUAAAUCUCUCUGUUUAUUAUUUUCAAAAGUGCUGCAAUAUGAAUUUACCAUUUAUAAUGUUGAAGCCCAUUGUGGACACGAAGCAAGGAUAAUUGUGCCAAUUAAACUUAUUCUUGGGUCAAAUAUAUGAAAAGCACAUGAUGUUCUUUAAAUUUUCUUUUUAAGUUUAGGUGCUAUUGUUACAAUUUUUUUUAGUUCGAUUGCAUGUUUUGUAUAUAUUUUGUGUUGUAAUCAGAUUUAAAUGUUGCAUAGGAUUGAGCUAUAAGCCAAAGAUAUUGAUAUGGAGCUGCAACUCAUUUCUCAUUUGUCUUACUUCAGUGCCCACUUCAUUCCUUUACCAAUGUAGAGCAUCAAGUCAAUGUUUUCUUGUGGGUCAUUGGUGCUUGAGAGAGUGGCAGAUUAUUUUGAAGAUUGGUGGCCUGUAUUAACAAGCAGGUAAUAUUUGGGCCCUUGUAAAAACAUUCUUGUUUUUAAGUGCACAUACUGAUGGAAUAUGAUCUGAUCAAUAAUUAAGACAUUGUUUCAAUCACAGAGGCCUGUAUUCUGAAGUCAGGUUUACCUUAAUAGACCAUGGUGUCUGUGUUAAAAUUAUGGGAAGCCAAAAGUGUCAAAAUUUUUAUUAAGUUGUUUGUUUCUUAUGUUUACUGUGCUCUUUCCUGAUUCAUCGAUGGUGAAGACAAUCAUCUAUUUAUACUUCCUAGACAAUUAUGAAUGAUAUGACAGCCAAAUGAGCUAAAAUAUGAUAUCUCUACUGUUAGUGAUUUAUGUAACAAUUGGCUAUCCAUACUUAAACCACAACUUGUGACUUUGGAUUCGGAAGCCAAUUGAUGGGAGGGGCUAUAGCCUCUCUGUGAUUGAACCAGUCUCUUAGUGACAAGUGCUUGGUGAAGAUUAGUGAAGCUAGCCUGUGUAAAAAUAUCAUUCAUUUUGACUGAGUGGAAUUUGUGCAGUACCCUUGUAAAGUUUGAUCAGUUCUUGUGGAACCCAGUUUAUAAGGCAAGCAAGUUUUCACAAGUGAUUUUUCAAUGUAUCCAGUGAGUAGUCUUUACGGAUCCUCAUUUAUGAUAAAUAUAGCAAAGGACAUAAACCUUAUCUUAAGUUACAGAAGCUUGAUGCACAUUUACCAUGGAUACAUGCAUUGAUUGAAGGUUUAAAUAUUAUGCAUUAAGAUGACCGUGGAGUAGUAAUACCUUGGUCACAUUUUUUCUACGGCGGCCGUACGGCGAGUCGAAAACAGCCGUUUUAACAUUUUUUUGGUACCAGCUACAUAUAGGUGGUUUGAAUAAAAAUGAAUAAAACGACUGUUUUCGAUUACCGUACGGCCGCCGUAGAACAUAUGUGACCAAGGUACCUAUAAGGACUGACUAUGUUAUUCAAUGUAAAGACAAAGAGAUAUAUAUUUAUGUUAAAACAUGCAC